AGUUCCGUGUGGAAUCAUUUCCGGGAGUUAUAUUCCGUUAGUAGCAUUUGUAGCCACCCUUGCUAGUACCUUGUACUAUCAUUUUUAGAACAAGAAAGUUUUGGGGUUUUAUACGUCGUUAGAUAGUAACCAAGUCAUAUAAUCGUGUAAAGUGAUAGUUCAAUUGACAGGGUGGCAUAGCCUAUUUCCAGAAGAAACAAGUCAGAAGAACCCAGGUUAGCAAAUUGGCUAGCGUUAGCCAGCCAUAGAAGAAAUUUUGCUCGCUAUUCAGGGUAACGACGGUGACAACUGCAGAGGAAUAAGAUACAUCAUUAAUAAGCUAACUGCAGUGAAACGAUGAUGUUUUUAAAGUAGUUUAAUACAUGGACACAUGGUACGUGAAGAUGAGGACUAUCCUACUUUGUGCAGUGUUACUUUACCCUUGUUGGGUAAACUGUGUAACAAGCCCUACAUUGCUUCUGGAGGAGCUCUCACGGGAAGAUGAUAAGGAAUUUGGUAUGCUUCGCUCCCUGCUGGCUGACUUUGAGGUCCUCCCAGUCUCUAGCUUACAGAAGCACUCCCUAAGGAGGAGGGAUCUUGCCCCACGCUCGCAUGUGGAGCGGCUGGUCAGCUUCUCUGCACUAAAGAGGAAUUUUCAGCUUUACUUGACAACAAACACAGACCUCUUCACAGAGAAUUUCAAAACAAUCUUCCUCAACAAACAAGGGAAGGAAGAGCAGUAUGAUGUUCAGAUGGAGAACUACUUCAAAGGCCAUGUCGUAGGGGAGGAACACUCUCGUGUGCAGGCACAUAUGGAUGGGGACGAGUUCUCCGCCCAUAUUCUCACAGAUGAAGCAGAAUACAACGUAGAGCCUCUGUGGCGGUUCACGGAGACGACCCCUGAUGGCCGGCUGUUGGUGUACCGUUCCGAGGACAUCAGAAACAUCAGCCGGCUGGCCUCAUCCAAAGUGUGCGGCUACGUCAACGCUGCCGACCGGGCCCUGGUGCCAGAGGAGGCCAGAGUGGCAGGAGAAGAGGAAGGGGAGGGGGAGGAGUCGACAGAACCCCUUCACAGACAGAAGAGAUCCACACAUGACCACAGGAAAAACACCUGCCCCCUACUGCUGGUGGCUGACUACCGCUUCUUCAGGCACAUGGGCCGCGGAGAAGAGAGCACCACCCUCAACUACCUGAUUGAGCUGAUCGACCGAGUGGAUGACAUCUAUAGGAACACCUCCUGGGACGAUGAUUUCAAAGGUUACGGGGUUCAGAUCCAGCAGAUUAUCAUUCACAAAGAGCCCACGUCCGUGUCUACGGGUGGUGUCCACUACAACAUGGACGGAAGCCCCAGAGCCAAAAGCCAGGUGUGGGACGUCAAGAAGCUCCUGGAGCAAUUCAGCGCAGACAUCGCAGAUAAUGCCUCCACCGUGUGCCUGGCUCAUCUUUUCACCUACCAGGACUUUGAUGAGGGGACUCUGGGACUGGCCUAUGUGGCCCCAUCCAAACCUCACGCCCUCGGUGGUCUCUGCCCCAAACCAUACUAUCCAUCUGCCUCUGCCAAGAGGCCAAGUUACCUCAACACUGGUUUAACCAGCACAAAGAACUAUGGGAAAACUAUUCUUACCAAGGAAGCGGACCUGGUGACCACCCACGAGCUAGGCCACAACUUCGGUGCGGAGCACGACCCAGACAACAUCGCCCACUGUGCCCCGACUGACGACCGCGGAGGGAAGUUCGUCAUGUACCCCAUCGCUGUGAGUGGGGACCAUUACAACAACAAGCGCUUCUCUAACUGCAGUAAGAAUUCCGUCAGUAAGACCCUGAAGUUCAAGGCUCCGGUGUGUUUCCGGGAGAGGAACAGUAAGCUGUGUGGGAACUCCCGCGUGGAGGAGGGCGAGGAGUGUGACCCCGGCCUUCUGCAUCGCUACGACGACCCCUGCUGCACCUCAAAGUGCAAGUUCCAGUCUACGGCGCAGUGCAGUGACCGCAAUAGCCCAUGCUGCAAGAAUUGCGCGUUUGAGAGCGCAGAGAAGACGUGCCAGGAGCCCAUCACUGCUACCUGCAAGGCCCUCUCGAAAUGCACAGGGGUCAGCAGCGAGUGCCCUGCCCCGGGCAACCUGCCUGAGGAGACGGUGUGUGUGGACAUGGGCCGAUGCCGUGGAGGGGAGUGUGUGCCCUUCUGUGAGGCACUGCACGGCCUGGAGUCCUGCGCCUGCAACGAGACUGAUGACUCAUGCAAAGUGUGCUGCAGGAACGCAGACGGCCUCUGCACGCCAUUCAACGCAGACAGCGGCAACUUCCUGUUCCUGCGCAAGGGCAAGCCGUGCACCGUGGGCUUCUGUGAUGAGGGGGGGAAGUGCAUGAAGCAGGUGCAGGAUGUCAUCGAGAGGCUGUGGGACUUCAUCGACAAGCUUGACAUCAACACUUUUGGGAAGUUCCUAGCGGACAACAUUGUGGGCUCAGUGGUGGUGUUCUCCCUCGUCUUCUGGAUUCCCCUCAGCAUCCUGGUGCACUGCGUGGACAAGAACCUGGACCUGGAGUACAACAAACACCUCAUGUACCCCAGUAGCGCCGAGAUGCUGAGCAACCUGGAGUCAGCGCCCGUCCGCAUUAUCAAGCCACACUUGUUCUCAGCGGCCCGGGCCUCGGCAUCAAGCCCCAGCAGCAGCGGGCCCUCGGGCCCCCUCCCUCCACUGGCAGCGACGGGCGACCCCGGCCCUGCCCCGGCCUCCGCCGGACCCAGAGCGGAUCAGCCGCGCAUGGCCACCAUCCAGGAGGACAACACCAGCAGCGACUCAAUGCCGCCGCCGGACGACGAGCUUCCGGAGGGGGCCGUCUUCCCCCUGCCAAGCGACCCUCUGUCCACCGCACACUCCUUCCAGGACCUGAACGAGCAGCAGCAGGGCGCGACCUCGCCGGCACGGGGCGACAGGAAGCGCCUCAAGAGGCAGGCCUGCCUCGACAAUAAGGAGACAGAGUGCUGAGGGUUUGCUCAAGCACACGUCCAAACUUCUAUAUUUGUAUGAAUAUUUCUGUACAUACCACACACCGGCAAGGUAAUAUACACUGUAUACUUAUGCACAGCUGCAGUCCUAUGGGCAAAGAGAAAAUGAAGAAAAUAUCAGGCAGUUGUUGGAGUGUGAGUGCAUUAGCAACUGCCCAUGUAUGUUUGACUAUGCCUGUUAUGGUUGUCACAGUAAAGAUAAAUGGUUAAGAUACAAGCAGUAGACGCUUAAAGUAGUGUAUGAAUGCUAGUGGCUGCCUGCUUAGACACUGAUUGUGUUUAUUUGAGAACUGGAGCUCUGAAAGUGCUUGAACCGAAUUGUCUUUGUCAAAGUUCAGAUUGAUUGUUAACUGGUGAGUAAUGGGGAUCAUUCUCUCCAUCUUCUUGUAUCAGGAGAUGUACCCUCUGUAGAUCUGCCUGUGUAUGUCCCUAAAAGCCAUAUAUUCAUGCAGAAAGGUUUUCUGAACACGUACAAAGCACUAGAGAUCAAAGAUCCUCUCACUGUACCUGUUUGGUAUUCUGACCAGGAUAGCGCUUCUUUGCUUAAGAAAAAUCCGAUCAGUCAGGAAUAACUCUCUCCUUUGGUCUUUCACGAGAAGACAAUAAUGUCACUUUAUGGUUACGUUAGUACAGUUAUAUAAAGGAAACUGCAACAAGACCAGGAAACUCCUGCAUUGCAAAAAGGUUUGCUUAAACCACUUCAAUACAACUACAAAUCAUAGUAAACAAAAUACGUUUUCCUACUUAAGUCGGAAGUGCCACUAAAUUUGCACUCUAAACCAGGGACCCUGUGAUCUUCUUUGAGUGACACUUUCCUGUAUAUUUGAAUGCUAUUAAGUCACUCUGAUUGCAGAAAAUAUAGUUCACGUUGUUGGAAUGCAUGUGUCAUUACGGCACUAAAGUAGUCUUAGUAGGUCAUGAAUGAUUAACACGGACAUAAGAUACAUUUUUGUGGCCUGCAGCCCUAAUUUUUACUAUUUUACAUGUUAUUGUGUCUACCAAUGAUAAUGCAAUCUCAAUGUACUUACUGUCAAAUGUGCCUUUACAUUUAUUUAUGUUAAUACAAUUGAGGGUUUUCAAUAGUUUUUUUGUUCAGUAUUCAGUGUAAUAAAACAGAUAUUGCCUGAUUCUCUGACUCAUCCUACAUAUCUUAUGUCAGCUGCAGCCAGCUGACUAAUGUGCCAUGAAAAAUAUCCUGUACUUCACCUGUGGAAAAAAUUACUUUUUUUAAGUUUUUUUGUAUUUACCUGCAUGUUCAGUGUGUAAAUGAUGAUUUGCUGUUGACUGAAUAUGGGUGGGUGUGUGUGUGUGUGUGUGUAGACCUUGAGGUUAAAUAGUCAUAUCUUUGCAGGAAUGUCUUCAGAUGUCUUGUAUUUAUUUAACCUCUAGGAGAAAGAAAUGUAUGUAUGUGUUGUGUUAAAAACUGUUACAUUUGACCACUGUCAUUAUGAGAACCUGAAUUAAUAAAUGGCCUCAGAGAUAUCAUAUUCUGCUA